CGCGGCAGCUAUGCGCCACGCUGCCGUCGCCACCGCCAUCAUCGUCGUCACCGUCGUUGUUGUAGAGUACCCAACUAGAUAGUUUCGACGGACUACUACGUGAGUUAGUCGCGUCUCGGUGUUCGUCAGUUAAUAGACGGGCACGGGCACGCUACGACGCGCGCGCGCGCCUCGGACCUCGUCGUCGUCGUCGUCGUCGUCGUCGCUGCCGCUGCCGCCGUCGUCGUCACCGUCGCCGUCGCCGCUGCUGUCGCUAUCAUUUCUACGAAGAUGACCAUAAUAGUCUUUCUGAUCGACACGUCGGCCUCUAUGAAUCAGAGGGCUUAUUUGGGCGGGCGACCCACGCUCUUGGACGUAGCCAAGAGCGCCGUGGAGACUUUCGUUAAGGUGCGACAAAGAUCGCCGGAGAGCCGUGGGGAUCGUUACAUGCUCCUAACCUUCGAAGAACCGCCUCAGAACAUUAAGGCGGGAUGGAAGGAGAACUUGGCGACUUUUAUGAAUGAACUGAAGAAUUUACAAUGUAUCGGCUUAACAACAUUGGGUGCUGCCUUGAAGCAUGCUUUGGAUGUGCUAAACAUAAAUCGUAUGCAAACUGGCAUCGACACGUACGGUCAAGGAAGAUGCCCCUUUUAUUUAGAGCCGUCUGUUAUAGUUGUUAUAACAGACGGAGGAAAGUAUACAACCAAUAGUGGAGUGCAUCAAGAUUUUACAUUGCCAAUGCAUUCCCCGAUACCUGGGUCUGAAUUAACAAAGGAGCCGUUUAGAUGGGACCAAAGGCUGUUUUCUUUGGUGCUGCGUUUAUCCGGAACACCGGCUGUCGAACGAGACAUAGGACUGGUGGCGAGUGAUGCGUCACCAAUAGAUGCAAUGUGUGAAGUGACUGGAGGCCGCUCAUAUUGCAUCACAUCGUUUCGGAUGAUGAUACAAUGUAUAGAUUCGCUGGUACAGAAAGUCCAAUCGGGCGUAGUAAUAAAUUUCGAAAAAAUUGGCCCCGAUCCACCACCGAUGCCCAAUGAGAUCCCACAGCAUCAGGACGAAGAAGAGAACGAAGAUGACAGUAAUGCGGCGAACGGGCCGCGCGCUCAAUAUCCCAAUGCGUUAGUGUCGGGCAACACGGCUUGGUAUUCCUGCAGACGUUUGAUUUACGUGCCGCGAUCGGCGCAGAAGGGAUUCGCGGUUGGGUUCUGGCCGAUCCCUGAGAGUUUCUGGCCGGAUCUCAGCGCCAGCUCGUUGCCGCCGAGAUCGGCACAUCCCAAUGUGAAAUUUACGUGCACCAGCCAGGAGCCGAUGGUAAUCGAGAAUCUGCCAUUUGAUAAGUACGAAUUGGAACCGAGCCCUUUGACUCAAUAUAUUCUGGCACGAAGACAGCCGACAACGUGUUGGCAAGUGUUUGUCGCCAAUUCUUACAAGUCGAGCGAAGUGGGCCAUCCGUUCGGUUACUUGAAAGCGAGUACAAAUCUAACUUGUGUAAAUCUCUUCGUUAUGCCUUACAACUAUCCUGUACUGUUACCCCUGUUGGAGGAGCUCUUUAAGGUACACAGACAAAAGCCGACGGCCGAAUGGAGGACGCAGUUUCAGAAUUAUAUAAGAACCAUGCCUACUUAUUACGCCGCCUCGCUGAGGAGAGCGUUACAAAGGAUGGGUGCGUCCGCACCUCUAGCACAAACAUUGAUACCGGAUAACAUGGAUAAUUCUCUGUCGUAUAGUGUUUUAAAUUAUUUGAAGAAACUGAAAAAUCAAGCCAAAAUGGAAUUUGAUCGGCUCUGCAACGAAGUAAUUUCCAAGCAAGUCGCCGCUUCGAAUCUAACGAAGAAUUUAUCGAAUUGUACGACGAGCACGGUGACGGAAGGAGUGAGAGUGAUACCGAGAACGCCUCUGAAAAAAGAUUUGGUCUCCCAUCCUUUAUUGCAAGACAAGUUUACGGGUCUUCGCGAUCAACUGAAUGAAUUCGGAGGCUUCGUGGUCGGAUUGGUAAGGAAUCAGCAGCAGCAACGUGGCGCGCAUAGUUACAGAAACGCUUUCGACGUGCCGCGGAAGUCCCUCCUCGAUCAAGUUGUGAGAAUGCGAGCAAAUUUUUUGCAACCUGGUUUGUUGCAUACAAAAUUGCUUGACGAUGACUACGUUCACUCGAUGCCCUUAGCCCAAAUGGGCAAUUAUCAGGAGUACUUGAAACGUAUGACUCCGCCAUUGAGAGAAAUCGAAAGCGUACCAGUGAGACAGCACAUGUUCGGUAAUCCCUUCAAAAUCGACAAGAGGAUGAUGGUGGAUGAGGCGGAUAUUGAUAUAGUCGGCGCGACAUCUUCGACGUCUAAAGGCGGUCUCAAGCGUGCUUUACCUCAGUCGGACAGCGGAGGCUCGUCCUCUCCUAGACCGCCGCCUAACAAGAGAAAGCCCGGACCUAUACCGAAGGAGAUAACCGUGCGGCGACCCUCGUAUUCGCCCGCCAAUACUCCACCGAGUUCACCGAUUCCGUGGGUGAUGGAAGACGCGAAGAACGGCAAAACGACGAUGGCAACGGUCGUCGAGGCGAGCCCUCCGCCGAUCUUGACCUGCUCACCCAAUGUAUCACCGAUUCACGCGUCAGUGUGUUCGAGUGCGCCGGAAAAAUUGGUAAAUGGACUCGCGGAAAUGCCGACUAUACCGGUUUACGAGCCAAUUCCAGUAGAGCAUAUUAACAAUCACAUGGACAUACCACCGGUUCUCACGCCGAUAGUUAACAAUGUUGACACAGUCUCAAAGAGUGAAGUUAAAAGUGAACGGACAGAUAAUGUGAGGAACGAGUGCAGUCGGUUACCCAUUAACGAUAGUACUGAGGAUAGUGUGCGAGUUGAUAGUGCCACGGAGGACAGACUGACGAAUCAUGUGGAGGAGAAGCGUGAGCCGAAGGUCGAGAAAGAGAAAAAAUUGACAAAGAAAGAAUUGGAAGACAUCAGGCGGCAUAAUUUGAACAUUCGGGAGCUCGUUUACAAGGAAGUUCGGAGAAACGGGACGAGUUACGCAACACUGUUCUCACACUUGCAUCAAAUUCAAGGAAACUUGGACAUACGGCUUGCAUUUGUAAAAGACAUAGUGAAGGAGUCGCUACGCUUUAAACGACGUAAUCUGGCGUUGCUGUUAGAGGAGUAUCUUAAAAAUAUUCAAGAGGAUGGUUGUGCUAUAAAUCACAAGUUGAAUCACAAUGGUGCCACAAAGAUAAGUUGUUGAGAUUGAUGCGUGAUCAGGGCAUUAUAUCUUAACAAUGAAAAGAGUAAAUAAAAUAAAAUAAACAAAUUUGUGUGGAAAUUUUUGCCAGAAAUUUUAGUAGCAAUCUCAAUUUCUGAAAUAAGAUUACUUUUGAUACUCACUCAGACGACCUGCACAAAUGUAAAGUUUCAACAGAUUUCACUAGCAUUCUCGAUAUCGGUCGCAUGGACAAUGGCACUUUUACAUUCUGUUUCUAAUUUUGCGAGUGAUCAGUUGGUAGAAAUUUAGAUGAUGUUGCAUAUCAUUCUGCAAUUAUAAAUUAAAGCAAAAUUAUUUAUUUACAGAAUGUAUUGACGACAGAAAAGAAUUUCGUGGAGUACUAUUCUGCUAUGUGUACUAUAUUGGAUUUUAUUAUAUCUCUCGAAACGAAUAGCCUCAUCCUAAAACUUAACUGUUUAAAUUUCUUUCCUUGUACGAUAUAUAUAUGUAUAUAAAGGGGAGAUUCAAAAUCUUGAUUUAUUUCUAAAGUAUUUUAUGUGAACAUGUGCAAUCGUAAUGUACCAUUCGGAUAACAUGCAUUUGGAGAUCUUAUCGUUAACAAGUCUACUCUAAUAUUUAUGUAGUGAUACGUGUAAAUAUGUUGACACAUUUAUUUUAUCAUCUAUUAUGACGUAUUUUUCCAUAAUCUCCGAAUUUUGUCUAUAUCAAGUAGGAUAACAUUAUUAGAAAAGGUCUUGGAUGCUGGCAUGCAAGACAAUAAUUGUGGAAAUAUGCGAAGCAAAACGUUGCGAAAACGAUAUAAAUCUUGUGUAAAUGGCAAAUCUGCAAAAUGGAAUUCUCUUUUUGGAAGUACAAGUAUAAUCAAACGUACAAGCAUAAUUCUACCAGCUGUUCAGUCCUCAGUACCUAUGUCGAACUUAAGACAGGACAAUUGUAUUUGUAAUAUAUCUUACAAUUUAUAUUUCCUAUUAUAAUUAAUCUAUCUAUCAUAUAUCUAUCUAUAUACGUCAUUUGUGAUUUAUAUUAUUAAGUUUAAUAAAAUGCCACAGUUUAAAUAACACAAAUUGUUUGUAAAUUUUGUUGUGUGCUCUGUUAAUAUUGUACAAGCAAACUGAGAUCUGACUUUUCACCGACAUUACAUUACGAAGACUGUAUUUGCUUUUGCAAUCUUCGUUUUAUAUGAAAGAUGAAAACACAUUUCUUUGUUUGAAUUUCCGACAAAAGAAAAUGUAACUUGAAAUUCGUACUCCGUUAUGACAGAAUUUAUUAUUUAUAAUGUUUACUUAUGCAUUUAUUGUGUAAUUUAUUGAAUUAAAAUGUCACGCAAAAACAAAAUUCUUUUUUCACGUUCUAGUGAAGUUUUUCUUCUUUUGCGAGUUAUAACAUUUAGCUUUUAUAUUGCGAGACUUUCAUAUUAAUGAAAUUGUACCCCAUUAUGGAUUAAUAUUGUACAUGUAAAUGAGACUAAAUGCAAACUUGAAUUUAUUAUAUGAAAUAUAUGAAAGAUUGACACAAAAAAUGGUUGAUAUUGAUAUAAUGAAAUUUGAAAUCGAUAUAAUGUGUUAUAUAUAAAUCAGUAAUAUGUAAUUGUGAAUCAGUUUUCAACCCACUACUUACAUCUCUGAAACUUUUUUAUAAUGUUGUUUAUUUGCAUAUACGUAUAUAUUUUUAAUUUUUAUUUAUUUCUAAACUCUUAAACUUGGCAUUUCUCAAUUUAAAGUAAAUAAAUAUUGCACGGAAGCGUUUUAGACCGUGUUUAGAAAAUGUUUAAGAAUUAUACACAUUUCUCUACUAUCAUAUGUAAAGUCUCUGUUAUAUUAUACGAAAUUAAAAUAACUAUAUAUACAUAUGACGUGUGUGUGUGAUAACAUCAGGAUUUUAUACUAUGUGAUAAGUUAAAGGUAAAAUUGAAAAUUUUAUUUUAAUUGUAAUUUUGAACAAACGUAUAAUAUAACAGAAUUGAGAUUGUAUGUGCGUGCAAUAUGCAUCUGAAAUAAUAGAACGAAAUGUAUUUCUAUGCUUUAUCCUCAAAUCCUUAUGUGUAUAUGCAACACAGUAGCAAUUCAGAGCAAUAUUAUUCUUCGAAAAAAAAUUCUUCAAAAUUAAUUUUUUUAUACACAUGUGGGUUGAAGGACUAUGUAUUGAUCGUGAUAAUUAUUUCUACCACUAUCAGUUAGAAUUGAGAAAACAGUUUACUGUGGUUUUGUCGGAAGUGUUUUGACCAAAUAUUAUAUAGGGUGAUAAUAACAAAUAAGGAUGAUUAUCUUACUAUUGAUCUGUGACUUUUAUACUGCUUGUCUCAUAAAACAUUAUCAAAUAUUAAUAUCGCUACUUUAUUAUUUCCAUUUAAAUUUCUAAGGAAAAGGACAAAUUAACACUAACAAAUUUGAGAAAUACAUAUCAUUGAUAUUAUCGAGUGAUUAUGCGGGAUGUUUGUACAUUCCGCUACUAAACGCUAUCAUAUUUUUCAAAAAUAUUUCUCCCCUGCGAAAAUUUUCAAGAUUUUGUUAAUUGUCUAAGUGAGAUAAUCAAUCUUAUUAUUUUUUGUGGACUCUCAAUAAUGUCCUAAACUCUGUAAGAAAAGGUGUAAGCAAAAUUGUAUUUAUUAGUUGAAAAUGUUGAAUAUCUCGUAAAUUAUUUUAUAAUAAUGGAGCUUAGCUGAGUCUCACGAAGGCGAUGAUGCUAGACGCUUAUUUGCUCCAAAGAAAUAUUGAUAGGAAGUUAUUGAACAUAAUUAUUGAUAGGACACUAAGUGCGAUUGUGUGUAAAAGAGAUUAUAAUGGACAACUAGAAAAACCUAGUAAAAGUUCCAAGUACCUUGAUUACAAUCUCUUUUGUUACAGCAACUGUAAUUUAUCGCUGCAUUAAGAUUAUUAUUAAAUUAAAUAGAAUAAUUUCUCUCUACAAACUUAAUUAGAAAUUGUGCAAAGCAACGUAUAAAAUAUUUUAUCAAAGCAAGAUUGUGUUUCUACAUACUUUUGUUAUUACUUUUGUUAUAUUGUCAAUAUUUAUAUACACAUAGUUUAUUAUUUAAAAAUUUUAACAAAAAAUUACAAUAUAAUAAUUCCAAGUCUGUUGAUAGCAGACUUUGUGAAACAUCUGUAAGCUUUCUCAGAAUGAUAGGAUUGCCAUAAAAUCUGUUACAUUCCAUAAUUUGUAAUUCAACUAAAAUUUUAAUGCAAGUCAUAUAGUCACAUCAUGUCUGAAAGCUUGUAAACUUGAUUCAUGCCAAACUGCUCAAACAGAAUCUGCUAUCAAACUACGAGCCUGUGCAAUCAUUUUAUUAUAUCAGAUUGCUCGUAACUAUAUAAAAGUCAAGUUUAAAGUGGAUUGGAUAGUCCCCUAUUGGAACCUGUAAAAAUGUUGCAAAAGAUUAAAGAAAAAAAAAAAA